CGUUAAUCAUACAGGAUGUUUCAGGAACAUUCCGGAUGGCGAACCUGAGUUAAAAAUCAAAAGCCCACCAGAUAUUUUGUUCCGUCUUCUCCUAUAUAUCAUGUAUAACCGACCUGCGACCGCAUCAUAAAUCACGCAACCACCGCCUUUCCCUCGUAAUUCGUUGUAUUGCAAGGGUCGUCUGGGCACCAGAAUUUUCGAGAUCAGCAAGCUUCUGAUGUGAUUAUUUUGUGGACUGAGAAUUUGGUUUGAAGAAGUUCCGAGAGUUUGGUUUUGUUGAAGAUGGAGGGUGAUCGAAUUCAGGGGUCUCCUUCUUAUUACAGUGUUCUUGGUGUCGGCUCGGGGUCUUCCGUGGAAGAGAUAAGGCGUGCAUAUCGCAAGCUAGCGAUGAAAUGGCAUCCGGACAGGUGGACAAGAACCCCUUCUUUGUUGGGUGAAGCCAAGCGGAAAUUCCAGCAAAUUCAAGAAGCCUAUUCAGUGUUAUCGGACCAGAGAAAACGAAGUAUGUACGAUGUUGGCCUGUACGAUCCCGAUGACGACGAAGAGGACGAGGGGUUCAGUGAUUUUGUGCAAGAAAUGGUGUCUCUGAUGGCGGAAUCCAGAAGAGAGGCAAAGAGUUAUACCAUGGAGGACCUGCAAGCAAUGUUCAUGGAGAUGGUCAAAGGAUUCGAGACUCCUCCUUCCUCUUUCUUCUGUGGACAACCGGCGGCUUUCGAACAAUCUGGAUGCUCGAAAAGAACGCGUCUCGAAUCUAAUUCCUGGAUUGGCAGAGAUUCAGGUGCCGGCUCAUCUCUCCAUGUACCAAACUUGGGGAUGUACGGUGAGGGGUUCUUUACAUUUUAUUAGCAAGGACAAAGACGAUAAGAAAAUUCUGGAAGGACAAAGAUGAUAAGAAUUCUUUCGAGUGUUUGAUUUCUUUUGCGGUCCUUCCACAGCGGGUUGUGUGUCCUCUUUCACUUGUUCUUUGGAGACCACAUGUAUAUAGAAAGGCAAGUAGAUGAAAGAUUGCACGUCUUCUCCUUCUUGUUGUGUACUCAUCUUAUAACUUGUAGGCUGCGAAUUUGGGCAAUUUUGUUGGGUUUU